AUGGGACCCUCAAGAAGCCGAUCUCGACGCGCUACGAGAUGCGAUGGAAAUACCGCAAGAGGAGCAGAAUUGUCAUUCAAUUCGCCUCCUUUCCGAUUCAUAGUUGAUGGCGAAUCCUUCUACAUCCACCAGAGUAUCAUCUCCCGUGUCUCAGAUCCCCUCAAUGCCCUCAUGACCCUUGACAUGAAAGAAAAGCGUGACGGUGAAGCUACCUUGCUAGGCGUUGACGCAACGACCUUCGACAGCUUCUGCCAGUGGGCUUACAAUGGAUCCUACAAUCCUGCAGAAUCUGUCGUGCGAGUGAUAGAGCCAACCACGCCUACGGAGAAUGGAGGAUCCGGUUUGUCGCACUCUCGCAAGGUCGCCAAUGCUUUGGCGUCGGCUGAAGCCCGGCCACUCUCAGAGAAAGAGUCUAAAGAUGAAUUCUUCUGGGCAAACGACUUUUUUGGCUCAUUCGAUUUCGAUGGCCACCAAGUGAACAGCAAGAUGUCAAGAGCUCAUAUGCGAUCCCGAUUCAUUAAGCUAAGAGAUAUUAAGUCUCUUACCCACAUGCCCCAACGAAACAGCAGUCUCGAUGAGGACUUCACGGACGUCUUCCUUUCCCAUGCUCGACUCUACGUCUUUGCAGGCGAGAAGCUGAUAUAUGACCUCAGCAAAUACGUAUUGGGGCAACUCCAUGCUAUCCUCGCCAGCUUCACACUCUACGGAUGCCGCACAGGUGAUAUCGUGGCUCUUUUAAAAUACGUGUAUGAGAAUACGGUCAGGGACGGACAAGAUCACGAUAGAGGUCUGGGCCAUGAGUGUGCAUAUACCGCCAGGAAUGAGCUGCGUAACAUGUUGACCGAUUAUAUCGGUUGGCAGCUAGAGACUUUGAUGCUAGACGAGGAGUUUAGAUCGCUGCCAUUCACUAUGGAAUCGAAUGGCCCAGAGUUUCAUGAGGACUUCUUGCAUGUGGUUAUGCGAAGGUUGUAG